CGGCUGGGCAUCCCGGUCGAGGCUGCCGCGCUAAGUGACCCAGAUUGACUGCCAGCAGAUGAAUUGGCCGGGCAAAUGUGUGGUGGCUAGGCCAAUCGAGGGACGUGAUAAGGAGUGCUGGGCCACUUGAUUAGGGGCCUGGUUCCCAAGCGCCGAGUUCGUGAUGCUCCGGCCUUCUCCCCCUUACCCCCUUUCUCGCUGACAGAGGCAUAAUUCUUUCCCCUUCUGCCCUUCGCUUCUUCCCCAUUGUCCAUAGCAUAUUUUCCAUCAUCAAUUGAUGCCGCUCGCUUUAUCGCUCAGGGCAGCACAUCACUCUCGCUGAGUCGACGUUUCUGUGCUUCUUUUUCUACCCGGCAUGAUUGCCAAACUCGGUGGGCCGCUGGGCUCUCCGUCCCUCGCAGCCACGACAGCCCAGUUUAGGAACCGUCUGCCCACACAGUUCCGACGGGCGCUCCCCAUAUACAUCGUGGCCGUUUGCCUCAUCCUUUUCAUCUUCAAUCUCAACCUUUUCCAUUCGAGCGUACGGGCGCCCCUCGGCCGUCCGUCAGUCUCGGCUCAAAAUGCGCCGAAGGUUCGGAGCGAAUUUCCGAAGAAGAUCUGGCAGACUUGGAAGGUGAAUCCGCUGCAAUUCGAGGAGCGGGAUCUGAACACGGCGCGGACAUGGCUGGAGAAGAAUCCCGACUACCGGUACGAGGUCUUGACCGACGGCAAUGACCUACGUUAUGUCGAAUACCACUUCGGUCCGGACGGCUUCAACCGGCCCGAUAUCGUCAACUUCUACCGCGAGGUGAAGGCCGCUAUUGUCAAGGCGGACCUCUUGCGAUACCUGAUCAUGUACGCCGAAGGCGGUCUCUAUGCCGACAUUGACGUUGAGGCCCUGAAGCCACUGUCCAAGUUCAUCCCCGAGCGGUACGACGAGAAGGAUAUUGAUAUGGUGAUCGGCGUUGAGAUCGACGAGCCCGACUGGAAGGACCACCCGAUUCUCGGCCCGAAGUCGCGCUCUUUCUGCCAGUGGACCUUCAUGUGCAAGCCGCAGCUGCCCGUCAUGAUGAGGCUCGUUGAGAAGAUCAUGUCCUGGCUCAACGGCGUUGCCAAGGAGCAGGGUGUUUCGCUCGCCGACGUCGAUCUGGACUUUGACCAGAUUAUCAGUGGCACGGGCCCGUCUGCCUUCACCGAGGCUAUUAUGACGGAAAUGGAACUUCACAAGGAGAGCCCCAAUACCAAGAUUACCUGGGACUUGUUCCACGACCUGGACGAGUCCAAGGUUGUGAGCCGGGUGCUGGUCCUCACGGUCGAGGCGUUCGCCGCGGGCCAGGGCCACUCCCACUCUGGCAACCACGAUUCCCGAGCUGCCCUGGUCAAGCACCACUACCACGCGUCCAACUGGCCCAGCAGACAUCCCCGGUACAGCCAUCCAGCGUACGGCGAGGUUGAAAGGUGCAACUGGGAAGACGAGUGCAGGAAGGCCGAGGAAGAGAAGACGAAGAAGGAGCAGGAAGAGGCUGAAAAGAGAAAAAAAGAGGAAGCUGAGGCAGCCGAGGCUGAGCGGAAAAAGAAGGAGGAAGACGAGAAGCAAAAGAAGGAGGAAGCUGAGGAGACGGCAGCCAAGCAAAAGCCGCAGGACUUGGCCGCGCAAGCCGGCAAGGGAGACGAUGGGAAGAAGCAGAAGAAGUCGGGGUGGUUUUCAUGA